AUGAACUCUCAAAAUGGAAGAGAUAUGGACUCGCUGGCAGAAGGAUCCGUCAGGAGGGCAAGGGAACGUGCCGCCGCCGGCCUGCCAAGUCAACCUUACCCUCCCACGCGGUCAGCGCUCGGAAGGAUGGACAACGAACCACCACCGAUGGCAAGACCUUCAGUCCCCCGCCAACCAGCAAUAACGCCUACUGCUGGGUCAGCUUCACGGGGCCCUCGGUCACAGGUUACAUACCCUCGUCCAGCAAAUGAACAACCGAUUGGAAUCGCCAUCUCGAGACCGAUGCCAGUACCGCAAUGGCCGCUCCAAGAAUCCAUCCCCGCUGCCCCGGUAGUCGACGAGCCUUACCGGCCGCCGACCGCAGAAUCGCGAGCUCCAGAGAGACCUCAGCGCCCAAGUAGAGUUCCUUUGAUCCAAGACAGCUCCAAGGUGCAGGAACCGACUCCAGUUUUUCAGUAUCCUCCCAGUUCCCUAAGGGAUCGCGCAAGCCCAGAUUAUCGCGGGACUCCCGAAACCCCAUCAUCAUUUUCACGACCGCCAUCCACCAUUUCAUCCGUUGCUUCUCUUUCCGACUUUCCUCUUCCCGUUCAAAUAACCACGGGGCCACCAAGGAGAAGCGUUAACCUCGGACCUCCCCCAUCAUCCCGGCGCGGUGCAUCAUCCUUCUACUCAACAACCUCGUACGUUUCACCAAUUCCCGAAGAAAGCCCUCGUUCUCGAUCUCGCACAUCAUUCGCAUCAAGCGCUGCGAUGCCAGAUAACUGGGGGACACCGUCACCUGGACCAAGUCCCGAUUAUCCUGACCCAGCUUACGCCGAGGCGAUUGCAGAGGAAUCCGAUGAUGAUGAGAGGGGACUCGUGAGAAGUGCGAGUGUAGGAAGAAAAGCAAAGCCGACAUUGGUGACCGGAGGAGCUUCUGGCAAUCCUGCAGGAGUGAAUGGCAAUGAAUUGCCGGUCCCACCGCCGGGUCAGACCGGACCUUUGAAAGAUGGGACAGGUUACAUUGAGGGUUCGAGUGACUCGGGGUUGCAACAAUCACUUGCUAGGGUGCCCACGGGUUCGGCGGUGAGUACGGAUACCACGUCGAAUGCCAAUUCCUCGGCGAACGGGCAAGAUCAGUCGAGCAACAGUUCUCUACCGACCUCGAACUUUACUGAGCCCGCCGGUGGUCGGGGUUACAGCCGGUUAUCAGCAAUACGAAGGCCGCCAAGGUUGGAUAUGGAGGCCGUUCGGAACGCGGAGGCUCGGGGAAGCCUGACGAGCUUACCGGAGCUCAUCCGGCGUGCGACUAGACUGGCUGCGAGCCUUGAGAAAGGCAGACGACCGGCCAGUCGGUUUGGCGAUUUGGACGACAUGCCUCCGUGGACCAACGAGAACAACAGCAGGAGUAAUGUCGAGAAACACCAGUCGGGAAUCUCAGACAUGCUGGCUGCUUUCCCCCCUCCGGCUAACCCAGCAGCAACAACGACGCGCGAUCGCCGCAGUCUUCGCGAGAGUGUGAAGGGUCUAUCAUGGCCCUCACCUUUUGGUAUCAAUCGCACCGUUACCACCUCUCAUGAAGCUGUUUCGAACAACAGCUCAGAACGAGGAGGGGAGAGAAGACGUCGGCGCAGGUAUUGUGGGUUGCCCAUCUGGGCAUUCAUCCUCGUCAUAAUUGUCAUCAUCAUCCUGGUGGUCGCGGCGAUCGCCCUUCCCAUUCAGUUCUUCGUACUCAAGAAGCCGGCGGCUGAUGGGGCGCAGGCAGCGAUACAAGAAUGUCAGCAGCAGCUCAUGUGUCGCAAUGGUGGCACGAAUGUGCUCAACAAUGGAGUCUGCUCUUGUCUCUGCGUUAAUGGCUGGACAGGUGCCGACUGCAGCGUAUUCGAUCCGGUGGGCUGCGUGACAUUUCCUCUUCAAGGGACAGACGCCACGGUUCGUAACGUCACGGUCGGCGAUGCCAUCCCACGCCUGAUCGAACAAGCGCAGGCCAACUUUUCUGUGCCCCUAUCGGCCGAUACUAUCCUCAUGAAACUUGAUGCUGGCGGGCUGAGCUGUUCAGCUGAGAAUGCGCUCGUGACUUUUAACGGCCACUCGACUCGCCAGGCUAGCUCGUCUAUUCAGGCCGUCGUCCCAGAUGGAGUAAACGCCGCAGUCAUCGACGGCGUUCUCUUUACCACCAUCACCGUCAUUGCCUUCCCCUUCACCACGUUCACUCUGACUCCCGGCGUGACCGCCACAACCAUCCGCACAACAGUCACAGGCAACCUUGGCACAACGCUCUCGCUGACAAUCAUCCGCCCCACAACCACCUCGACGUCGUUCUCACCAACUCCGACAGCAACUAGGACGAUCAUGACAACCACAACAUCCAGCCUCUCCAGCGGCGACCCUAUGCCAACCUCUGUUCCCGGAGGGAAUGUCUUCACCGUAACGGAAGACCGCCUCGACUUCGCGCGCGUGGCCGUGCUCUACGUCCUGCAAGAAGUCACAAUCGACGCAGCAGAGACAGCGCAGCAGAGCCUGCAGCGAUUUUUUACCGCGGCCGAGGGCAGUCGGCUAGGUGGGAGUGGUACUGAGAAUAGCGAUGGGAGGUCAUCGUCGUCGCCCGCGUCUGGGGUUAGCCUAGAGCAGGCGAGAAAUGUGACGAUUGGGGAAGGCAGGACGGUGGAUUUGGUGGGGUUCGUGAUUGAUUUGGGGGAUGGGAGGAGGGUUGGGAGUGGAAUGGGGUAA